UUUCAAAUUUCAUUUCCCAUUUUUGAUUGCAAACGUUGCGUUCUACGAAGCAGCGACAAUGGUAAUAAAAUCAAUCCGCACUCUCGUGGGCUUUAUGCUUGUCGGUCAGAUAUUUUGUGCGGGAUUCUUCCGCGUCAGAGAUGGAAUUGAGGGAGAAUUCGAGAUGCCUGCUGAUGAGACAGUUAACCAUCAUUUAGAGACUGGAAAUGAUAUUACAAGAGACUAUGAUGAAACGGAAGUCACUGAAACUGGUGUCGAUGCUAGAUUUGUGGAAAUGCUGCGAGUGAACAAUGGGGGUCCAUGGGGUAAAUGGGGACCAGCAAAGUUUUGUCAGGAGGGAUCUUUCGCCGUCGGUUACGACAUGAAGAUUGAACCUAAACAGCUUACAGACAAUACUGCAUUGAAUGCCAUCAAAUUGAUCUGUGAGGACCAGGAUGGAAAAGUUACUGGUUAUGUCACGUCUACUGAGGGACCAUGGGGAUCCUGGGUCGGACAAACCAAAUGCCGAAAGCAUUUUUACUUCAGCUCUUUUGAUCUUCAAGUAGAGAAAUAUCAAGGUAGAAUGAAGGACGACACUGCUGCAAACUAUGUAAAGUUUAAGUGUCGGUGUCGUGGUGGUCGUACGUACGAACUUGUCAAACCCCCGGGACACGGUCUAUGGGGAACAUGGGGAGCUUGGAGCAACCAAUGUCCGAAUAGAACAGCUGUAUGUGGAAUUCAGACAAAAGUGGAAAAAGCUCGAGGCAAAUUCCGUGAUGAUACUGCCUUGAAUGAUGUCAGAUUUUUCUGUUGCAAAAUGUAAUUUAUAUAUCCAAGAAAACUUUCUUUUUCAAAUGCAUCUCCAGAAAGACGACGAACUAAUAUUUAAAUUCAAAAUGUCAUAUUAUUCAUCAAUCUAUUAUUUAUCUCAGA